AGAAGUUUGGAUCAGAUCGUUAUUUGACUGAGGCAGAGUUGUUAUCGAGAGGAGAAGAAAAACUGAGACAAUGACGCAAUACAUUGAUUUCGACUCCAAUGAGUUUGAAACGAGGGAUUUCUUCCUCACUACCCUGGAAGAAACAUGCAGGGAUCAGCUGAAUGACAGCGAGGCGAAGAUCACCCGCAGUACAUCUGAGGGGAGAAUCCUCCUGGACGUCCAGCAGGACGGUCUGGGCAAUUUCUUCGAUUGGCUUCGUGAUCAGAAGGACAUCAAUUGGGGCCAAGAGAAGGACCUGUUGCAGAGGGAGAUAUCUAGCCUGAAAGCCCAGCUCGAUAAGGCCCAUGCUAAACGUGACCACUCUCCGUCUAGGGAUAAGUCCCUGAAAUCAAAUGCUCAAAAAGACCUGAGCAAGAAGGACCGCAUCAUCAAGGACCAGGACUUCCAGUUGAAGAAGGUUGGCUCGAUGCUGAACGAUGCUGAACAACACCUGAGCGAGAAGGACAGCAUCAUCAAGAACCGGGACUUCCAGUUGGAGAAGGUCUGCUCGAUGCUGAACAAUGCACAAAAAGACCUGAGCGAGAAGGACGGCAUCAUUAAGAGCCAGGACUUCCAGCUGAAGAAGGUUGGCUCGAUGCCGAACAAUGCUAAAAAAGACCGGAGCAAGAAGGACGGCAUCAUUCAGAACCAGGACUACCGUUUGAAGCAGGUUGGCUCGAUGCUGAACAAUGCUCAAAAAGACCUGAGCGAGAAGGACGGCAUCAUUAAGAGCCAGGACCUCCAGUUGGAGAAGGUUGGCUCGAUGCUGAACAGCGCUCAACAAGACAUGAGCGAAAAAGACGGCAUCAUCAAGAGCCAGGACUUCGAGUUGAAGAAGGUUAGAUCGAUGCUGAACAAUGCUCAAAAAGACCUGAGUGAGAAGGACGGCAUCAUCAAGAGCCAGGACUUCGAGUUGAACAAGGUUAGAUCGAUGCUGAACAAUGCUCAAAAAGACCUGAGUGAGAAGGACGGCAUCAUCAAGAGCCAGGACUUCGAGUUGAAGAAGGUUAGAUCGAUGCUGAACAGUGCUAAACAAUACCUGAACGAGAAGGACGGCAUCAUCAAGAGCCAGUACUUACAGUUGGAGAAGUUCUGCUCGAUGGUGAACAAUGCACAAAAAGACCUGAACGAGAAGGACGGCAUCAUCAAGAACCAGUACUUCCAGUUGGAGAAGUUCUGCUCGAUGCUGAACAAUGCUAAAAAAUACCUGAGCGAGAAGGACGGCAUCAUCAAGAACCAGUACUUACAGUCGAAGAAGAUGAAGGGGGAGAACGAGGCACUUCGAAAGGAUUUGGAGGAAGAGAAGUCUGUGCUCCUCGCUGAAAGGAAGAUGCUCGCUUUGGCUAAAACAAACAUGGAGUGGGAGAUGGAGUUCUUGCUCGAGACUGAGAGGAAAGAACUACAGGGACAGCUGAGCAAGACAAAGGAGGACCUCCAAAAGACAAAGGAUGAGGCGAAGACCCAUCAAGCCCAGCUGAACGAGCAGAGAGCAAAGACAGAGAAGCUCACAGCAGAUCUGAAAAAGUCAGACAAAUUCAUGUCCAACUGUCUUCCUGAAAUGGAAGAACUCCGAGUCGAUAAGAGUAAGAUCAUGGCUGCUCUAAAGUAUGCUGAGGAGGAGCUGAAGUCUGUACAUCAUAUGUGGCAGGAGGACAAGUCUUCCCACUUGGCAGAGCUGGAAAAAUCCCAUGACUCCCAUCUUGUCCAGCUGGAGAUGCAGGACAAGGUGCACAAGACCAUCAUGGCUGAUCUGAAGACAAAGUUUGAAGAUCAGCUAGCGAGUGACCGUCUCCUCUGGCAGCAGGAAAAAACCUCCCUUCUGGAGGAGACUGAGAAAACCAGCUUCUCCUUUGUUGCUCAGCUACACGAGCAAAAACAGAGCAACGACACCCUCGGGGACGCUCUGGAGAAGGCUGCGCAGCAGAUACAGAGUCAUCGCAUCGAGUGCCACGACUUAUCUCUCCUUCAGGCCAAGGCCGCCGAAAGCGUCCAGCAGACUCUGCAGGAGGAAGAAUAUGAGUGGACGACCGACGAAAGCUCCCAGCUGGAUGAUCUUGAGAAUCUGAUCGGCAAAACAAAGAAGAGGACCAAGUGGUACCGGAAGCUCUUCUAAUGCCACGCUAAUGCCAUGCUCAGGAGAAAGAAAAUGCACAUACAUUGUUCUUGUAUCUUGUAAAGUGAAGUGAGUUCACUUUUCUGGUGUGAAACCAGUCCUCACAAAGAUAUGAUUACUAAUGCGCACACAUACACAUGCAUUUGUUCUUGUAUACUUGUGAGGAUCAAUCAGUCUUGACCCCCUAAACAGCACUUGGAAAAGGGUUGUUUUGUGGGUUGACACUUUAUUUUACUCUUGGGAAGUGAACUGAGUUCACUUUUCUGGUGUGAAACUGGUCCUCACAAAGAUAUGAUUACCCAGCCGUCUGAGGAGAGGGGAUCUCUCUUUGAAUUGCCUUUCCCGAGGUUUCUUCCCAUGUCCUUUAUGCUGUUCUAAUGUUCAUGGGGAGUUUUUCCUCGUCUUCUUAGAGAGCUGGGGCUGGGCAUCUGUGGCUGAUCUGGGUCUGUGAGGCCCACCUUCAGCUACCUUCUCCUGUUGUAAAUAUGUACCAUUUAUCUCCUGUUGGAAAUAAAAAUAAAAAAAAUGAUAAUUGUA